UAAAAACUGCAGCUCAGAGUUCGUCCCAGCACUCCCCUCCUCACUCAGGGCAGAUCUGACAGACCCUCAUUCCAGCUCCCCCACCCAGUGCAGAUCCUCAUUUCAUCUCCCCCAUUUAGGGCAGAUCUGACUGCCCCCUCCAACUCCCAUCAUGUCCAGACCCCUGUCUGACCAGGAGAAGAGGAAGCAGAUAAGUAUUAGGGGCAUUGUUGGGGUAGAGAAUGUGACUGAGCUGAAGAAAGGAUUUAACAGACACCUUCACUUCACCCUGGUCAAAGACAGGAAUGUGGCCACCACCAGGGACUACUACUUCGCCCUGGCCCACACUGUGCGGGACCACCUGGUGGGCAGGUGGAUCAGGACCCAACAGUACUACUAUGAGAAGGACCCCAAGAGAACCUACUAUCUGUCUCUGGAAUUCUACAUGGGUCGCACCCUGCAGAAUACGAUGAUUAACCUGGGCCUGCAGAAUGCGUGCGAUGAAGCAAUCUACCAGCUUGGCCUUGACAUUGAGGAGUUGGAGGAGAUGGAAGAAGAUGCGGGUCUAGGGAACGGGGGUCUUGGACGUCUGGCAGCCUGUUUUUUGGAUUCUAUGGCCACCCUUGGACUUGCUGCGUAUGGUUACGGGAUCCGAUACGAAUACGGUAUUUUUAAUCAGAAAAUCCGAGAUGGAUGGCAGAUAGAGGAAGCAGAUGAUUGGCUGAGACAUGGAAACCCGUGGGAAAAGGCACGUCCGGAGUACAUGCUUCCCGUCCACUUCUAUGGGAGAGUGGAAAACACGAAAACUGGGGUCAAAUGGGUUGAUACGCAGGUUGUCCUCGCCAUGCCGUACGAUACGCCUGUUCCUGGAUAUAUGAAUAACACCGUAAAUACCAUGCGACUAUGGUCUGCUCGAGCUCCUAACGACUUCAACCUCAAAGACUUUAAUGUUGGAGAUUACAUCCAGGCUGUUUUGGAUCGAAACCUGGCUGAGAACAUAUCUCGCGUCCUGUACCCAAAUGAUAAUUUUUUCGAAGGCAAAGAGCUGCGUCUGAAGCAGGAGUACUUUGUAGUGGCCGCUUCCUUGCAGGAUAUCAUCCGUCGAUUUAAAGCCGCUAGGUUUGGCUGUCGGGAUACCAUCCGGACUGGAUUCGAUGCUUUUCCUGAUAAGGUGGCCAUCCAGCUGAAUGACACCCACCCGGCACUGGGGAUUCCAGAACUCAUGAGAGUCUUCCUGGACAUCGAAAAACUCCCCUGGGACAAGGCCUGGGAAAUAACCAAGAAAACCUUUGCCUACACAAAUCACACGGUGUUACCGGAAGCACUGGAACGUUGGCCGGUGGAAUUGUUUGAGAAGCUCCUGCCCAGACACCUGCAGAUAAUCUACGAGAUCAACCAGAGACAUUUGGAUAGAAUCUCUGCCCUCUUCCCUGGAGAUAUGGACAGACUGAGGAGAAUGUCUUUAAUUGAGGAGGAUGGUGGUAAAAGGGUUAACAUGGCCCAUCUGUGCAUCGUGGGGUCGCAUGCUGUGAAUGGCGUGGCCAGGAUCCAUUCUGAAAUUGUCCGGGACAAAGUGUUUAAAGAUUUCAGUGAAAUGGAGCCAGAAAAAUUCCAGAACAAGACCAAUGGUAUCACACCCCGACGAUGGCUUCUCCUGUGCAACCCAGGGCUUGCUGAGCUAAUAGCAGAGAAAAUAGGUGAAAAUUAUGUGAAUGACCUGAGCUUGCUGACCAAACUCAACAAAUUUGUGGAUGAUCCUGGAUUUAUUCGAGAUAUUUCCAAGGUGAAAGAGGAGAACAAGCUGAAGUUUGCCCAGUACCUGGAGAAGGAGUACAAGGUGAAGAUAAACCCAGCUUCCAUGUUUGAUGUCCAAGUGAAGAGAAUCCAUGAGUAUAAGAGACAACUCCUCAACUGUCUCCACGUGAUCACCAUGUACAAUCGUAUCAAGGCGAAUCCUACAAAGGAUUUUGUUCCAAGAACCGUUCUAAUUGGAGGAAAGGCUGCCCCCGGAUACCACAUGGCAAAGUUGAUCAUAAAACUUAUAACGGCUGUUGGAGAAAUCGUGAAUAAUGACCCAGCAGUGGGUAACAAGCUGAAGGUCAUUUAUUUGGAGAAUUACAGAGUCUCGCUUGCUGAGAAAGUGAUCCCGGCAACGGACUUGUCUGAACAGAUUUCCACCGCAGGCACUGAAGCAUCUGGGACGGGAAACAUGAAAUUCAUGCUGAAUGGCGCUCUGACCAUUGGCACAAUGGAUGGCGCCAACGUGGAGAUGGCGGAAGAGGCAGGAGAAGAGAAUUUGUUUAUUUUUGGCAUGAGAAUAAAAGAUGUUGAAGAAAUGGACAAUAAAGGGUACAACGCUCUGGAAUUCUAUGAAAAAAUCCCAGAACUAAAAAAGUGUAUCGAUCAGUUACAAAGCGGCUUCUUCUCCCCGAUGCAUCCUGACCAGUUUAAGGAUGUGGUGAAUAUGCUUUUCUACCAUGACAGGUUCAAAGUCUUUGCAGAUUAUGAAGCCUAUGUGAAGUGUCAAGAAAAAGUCAGUGAGUUAUACAAGACUCCAAAGCAAUGGACAAAAGUUGUUAUAAAAAACAUUGCAGCCUCUGGGAAGUUCUCCAGCGAUCGGACCAUCAAAGAGUACGCCAGGGAUAUCUGGGGCGUUGAACCCUCUGAUUUGAAAAUCCCACCACCCAAUGAACCGCGGGAUGCCCUUGAUGAAGUGGUCGCUUGUGCCCAAAAAGCUAAAGCCUGAUCUGAGCACAACUUUAAGACCAGAGUGCCUGUUCUGAUGUUCUAGAACACUCGGCCUUUAAUCUAGUGUAACUGAGAGAAACUCUGCCCAACCAAAAUCUCACGUAAAACUUCAGCUUUCUCAUUUACAUAGCCUGCUUUGUGGUUUCAUGCCUGUCGGAGACUGGAAUCUGCAUUUUGCUCGGCAUAUUCUCAACCCACCCCAUUUCUUCGUAGUUUUGUCUUGGAAUGAUGGUUAAUCCGUUCACAACCUGAAACCGUUGCUUUUUUUACACUUUUUGUAUCAGCCGAAGAGUGUUUGCUAGGAAUCAGAUGUUUUCUACAAAAAACAUCUGCCAUUUUGUAAACUAUUCUGCACAAAUUAAUAAUAAAAAA